AUUUUAGAUUGUGUAAAACCAAUAUGAACAGAAUGCUGGUUUAUGUUGCUUUCAUUGUAUUAUGUGUGGAUAAAGCAUGUAAAGCAUCUUCAUGUACAUCUGCGUCUUGGAAUUUAGCAACCUUGCCAUUAAGCUUUGGAAAAGACAUCAUUUUACGUUGCAUCAUUGAUAACAUAAAGAUCGGCAAUGAUUCACACUUGAAAGUACAACAAUGGACAGGAGGCAAAAACUAUGACAUGCUUUGUACAGAUGGUGAAUGCAGAGAUCCAAAUAAAUAUGAAAUGUUAACACGGAAUACCAGUAAAGAUUUUGAGCUGUUAAUUCACAAUUUUAGUGAAUCAGAUUUGGACUACAAGUACACGUGUACCUGUGGGUUUGAUAGUUGCACUAGGAAACUGUUUGUCGAACCACAUCAUGUUAUGUCUAUGCCAACUAUUACAAAAAAAAUUAGAGAUAAACACGUUAUCAACAACGCAAGCAUGGACAUAGAAAUCAUUCUUGAUAAGGUGAACCCUGUUCAAACUGUUCAGCAUGGUUUGAGGGUCGGUUCAUCAAAGAUGCAACUGUUACUGUUAUGAAAUGGUACACGUAUCAUAAUGAUGUUAAAGUGAGUUAUGAUUUUCCUGUGAACAGUGUCGGCUGUGAAGGUAGACUGAAAAUACUGUGCAACCUUGUUUAUCGUAAUGUCACCAUUUUUGACGAACACGUAGAUAUAUGUCAUG